ACAGUGGGCCCUGGCGAGUCCCCAUCCGGAGUGGGUGAUUCGGGGGGUGCUAGGCCCCGAGGCGGCUGGACCCCUGCGCGAGAGAGCAAGAGUGUGGGCCGGGUGGUGGCGGCAUGAGCCGGCCCCUGCCGACGGGAAAAAUGCCCGGCGCCCCCGAGGCCGUGCCGGGGGACGGGGCUGGCGCGAGCCGCCAGAGGAAGCUGGAAUCGCUGAUCCGAGACCCUCGUUCCCCCAUCAACGUGGAGAGCUUGCUGGAUGGCUUGAAUUCCUUGGUCCUUGAUUUGGAUUUUCCUGCUCUGAGGAAAAACAAGAAUAUAGAUAAUUUCUUAAAUAGAUAUGAGAAAAUUGUGAAAAAAAUUAGAGGUCUACAGAUGAAGGCAGAAGACUAUGAUGUUGUAAAAGUGAUUGGAAGAGGUGCUUUUGGUGAAGUCCAGCUGGUUCGUCAUAAGGCAUCACAGAAAGUUUAUGCUAUGAAGCUUCUUAGUAAGUUUGAAAUGAUUAAAAGAUCAGAUUCUGCUUUUUUCUGGGAAGAAAGAGAUAUUAUGGCCUUUGCCAACAGUCCCUGGGUGGUUCAGCUCUUUUGUGCCUUUCAAGAUGAUAAGUAUCUGUACAUGGUAAUGGAGUACAUGCCUGGUGGAGACCUUGUAAACCUCAUGAGUAACUAUGAUGUACCUGAAAAAUGGGCCAAAUUUUAUACUGCUGAAGUUGUUCUUGCUCUGGAUGCAAUACACUCCAUGGGUUUAAUACACAGAGAUGUGAAACCUGACAACAUGCUUUUGGAUAAACAUGGACAUCUAAAAUUAGCAGAUUUUGGCACAUGUAUGAAGAUGGAUGAAGCAGGCAUGGUGCAUUGUGAUACAGCAGUUGGGACACCUGAUUAUAUUUCACCUGAGGUUCUGAAGUCACAAGGGGGUGAUGGUUACUAUGGGCGAGAAUGUGAUUGGUGGUCUGUAGGUGUCUUCCUUUUUGAGAUGUUGGUGGGAGAUACACCAUUUUAUGCAGAUUCAUUGGUAGGAACAUAUAGCAAAAUUAUGGAUCAUAAAAACUCACUGUGUUUCCCUGAAGAUGCAGAAAUUUCUAAACAUGCAAAGAAUCUCAUCUGUGCCUUCUUAAUGGAUAGGGAAGUACGGCUUGGGAGAAAUGGUGUAGAAGAAAUCAAACAGCAUCCUUUCUUUAAGAAUGAUCAAUGGAAUUGGGAUAACAUAAGAGAAACUGCAGCUCCUGUAGUACCUGAACUCAGCAGUGACAUAGACAGCAGCAAUUUUGAUGACAUCGAAGAUGAUAAAGGAGAUGUAGAAACAUUUCCAAUUCCUAAAGCUUUUGUGGGAAAUCAGCUGCCCUUUAUAGGCUUUACCUACUAUAGAGAAAAUUUGUAUAUUCAGAAAAAACUGUACACAUUAGAAGAACACCUUAGCAACGAGAUACAGGCUAAAGAGGAACUAGAGCAGAAGUGCAAAUCUGCUAAUACUCGCCUAGAGAAAAUAACAAAGGAGCUAGAAGAAGAGGUUUCUUUAAGGAAAAAUGUGGAAUCAUCAGUAAGACAGUUAGAAAGAGAAAAGGCCCUUCUUCAGCACAAAAAUGCCGAAUAUCAGCGGAAAGCUGACUAUGAAGCAGAGAAGAAACGAAAUCUGGAAAAUGAUGUCAACAGCUUAAAAGAUCAACUUGAAGAUUUGAAAAAGAGAAAUCAAAACUCUCAGAUAUCCACUGAGAAAGUGAAUCAGCUCCAGAGACAACUGGAUGAAAUCAAUGCUUUGUUGAGAACAGAAUCUGAUACUGCAGCUCGGUUAAGAAAAACCCAGGCAGAAAAUUCUAAACAGAUUCAACUAUUGGAAUCUAACAAUAGAGAACUACAGGAUAAAUACUGCCUGCUAGAGACAGCCAAAUUAAAACUUGAAAAGGAAUUUAUCAAUCUACAGUCAGCCCUAGAAUCUGAAAGGAGGGACCGAUCCCAUGGAUCAGAGAUGAUUAACGACUUACAAGGUAGGGUAUCCGGCCUAGAAGAAGAUUUAAAGAAUGGCAAAAUUUUACUAGCAAAAGUAGAGAUGGAGAAGAGACAACUACAGGAAAAAUUUACUGAUUUGGAAAAGGAAAAGAGCAACAUGGAAAUAGAUAUGACAUACCAACUGAAGGUUAUACAGCAGACCUUAGAACAAGAAGAAGCUGAACAUAAGACAACAAAGGCACGGCUAGCAGAUAAAAACAAGAUCUAUGAGUCCAUUGAAGAAGCUAAAUCAGAAGCCAUGAAAGAAAUGGAGAAGAAACUUCUAGAGGAAAGGACUUUUAAACAGAAAGUGGAAAACCUGUUGCUGGAAGCUGAGAAAAGAUGUUCUAUAUUUGAUUGUGAUCUCAAACAGUCACAGCAAAAAAUAAAUGAGCUUCUUAGACAGAAAGAUGUGCUAAAUGAGGAUGUCAGAAAUUUGACAUUAAAAAUAGAGCAGGAAACUCAGAAGCGCUGCCUUACACAAAAUGAUUUGAAGAUGCAAACACAGCAAGUUAACACGUUAAAAAUGUCAGAAAAGCAGUUAAAACAAGAGAAUAAUCAUCUCAUGGAAAUGAAAAUGAGUUUGGAAAAACAGAAUGCUGAACUUCGGAAAGAAAGACAAGAUGCAGAUGGGCAAAUGAAAGAGCUCCAAGAUCAGCUUGAAGCUGAGCAGUAUUUUUCAACACUCUACAAAACACAGGUUAGGGAACUUAAAGAAGAAUGUGAAGAAAAGACAAAACUUUGUAAAGAAUUACAGCAGAAGAAACAAGAAUUCCAGGAUGAAAGGGACUCUUUAGCUGCCCAACUGGAGAUCACCUUGACCAAAGCAGAUUCUGAGCAGCUGGCUCGUUCAAUUGCUGAAGAACAAUAUUCUGAUUUGGAAAAAGAGAAAAUCAUGAAAGAACUGGAGAUCAAAGAAAUGAUGGCCCGACACAAACAGGAGCUUACAGAAAAAGAUGCUACAAUUUCAUCUCUUGAAGAAACUAAUAGGACACUAACUAGUGAUGUUGGCAAUCUUGCAAAUGAGAAAGAAGAACUAAACAACAAAUUGAAAGAUGCUCAAGAACAGCUAUCAAGGUUGAAAGAUGAAGAGAUCAGUGCAACAGCUAUUAAAGCACAAUUUGAGAAGCAGCUGUUAAAUGAGAGAACACUGAAGACUCAAGCUGUGAAUAAAUUGGCUGAGAUCAUGAAUCGAAAAGAACCUGUCAAGCGAGGUAGUGACACAGAUGUACGGAGAAAAGAGAAGGAGAAUAGAAAGCUACAUAUGGAACUUAAAUCUGAACGUGAAAAAUUGACCCAGCAGAUGAUCAAGUAUCAGAAAGAACUGAAUGAAAUGCAGGCUCAAAUAGCUGAAGAGAGCCAGAUCCGUAUUGAACUGCAGAUGACACUGGACAGUAAAGACAGUGACAUUGAGCAGCUACGGUCACAGCUCCAGGCCCUGCAUAUUGGUCUAGAUAGUUCCAGUAUAGGCAGUGGACCAGGGGAUACUGAGGCAGAUGAUGGAUUUCCAGAAUCAAGAUUAGAAGGAUGGCUAUCAUUGCCUGUGCGAAACAACACUAAGAAAUUUGGAUGGGUUAAAAAGUAUGUGAUUGUAAGCAGUAAGAAGAUCCUUUUCUAUGACAGUGAACAGGAUAAAGAGCAGUCUAAUCCUUACAUGGUUUUAGAUAUAGACAAGUUAUUUCAUGUCCGACCAGUUACACAGACAGAUGUAUAUAGAGCAGAUGCUAAAGAAAUUCCAAGGAUAUUCCAGAUCUUAUAUGCCAAUGAAGGAGAAAGUAAGAAGGAACAAGAAUUUCCAGUGGAGCCAGUGGGAGAAAAAUCAAAUUACAUUUGCCAUAAGGGACAUGAGUUUAUUCCUACUCUUUAUCAUUUCCCAACUAACUGUGAGGCUUGUAUGAAGCCCCUGUGGCAUAUGUUUAAACCUCCUCCUGCUUUAGAGUGUCGUCGCUGCCAUAUUAAAUGUCAUAAAGACCACAUGGACAAAAAGGAGGAGAUUAUAGCACCUUGCAAAGUGUAUUAUGAUAUUUCAACGGCAAAGAAUCUAUUGGUAUUAGCAAAUUCUACAGAAGAGCAGCAGAAGUGGGUUAGUCGGUUGGUAAAGAAGAUACCUAAAAAGCCUCCAGCUCCAGACCCAUUUGCACGGUCAUCUCCUAGAACUUCAAUGAAGAUACAACAAAACCAGUCUAUUAGACGGCCGAGUCGACAGCUUCCUCCAAACAAACCAAGCUAACUGCCUUCUAUGAAUGCAGUCAUUACUCAAGGUGAUCAUAUUCUUCCAGUUAAAACAAGACUGAUAUAUAUGAUGGCCCAAAAUUUAUUAAAAAGCUAUAUUUUCCUGAGAGACUUAUGUCUAUGCACAUAUUCAUAUAUGUGUUCUCCUUUUGUCUGCGGUAUAAAUUACACAUCUUGGAGAGAUUUCUGGACUCCUUUGAAGCAACAAGUUGAACCAACAGUGAUUGGUUGAUAGAGUAAGGAUACCAUACGCAGCCCUUCCUAACUGAUUUCAUAAAGCUCUCUUGGAAGUCACUCACA